UUGUUCAUCAUACAGUGUCUGUAGGUAGCAUGUGUACUGAUAUUUUAUGCCUGUAACCGUUUUAUUAAUUUUUUUUUUUUCAUUUACACAGUUUCAAAACCUCCAGCUUCAGUCCCACCUGGAUUUUCAGCUCCUAGUAAGGCAGCUCCUCCAGGGUUUUCAACUUCUGGAAUUAUGCACCUGGCUCUUGAUAGUGCUGCAAGUCAUUUGCUACAAACUUCUGAACCUCAAAUUAAAAAUAUUGGCUGCUCUGGAGAUGUUGAAUUCGUUGACCCUGCAAUACGUGAAGUUGGUAAAGGAGUUAUGGUUACUGGGUACAAUAAACCAGGCUUUGGCACAAGGACAUCAGCUCAACUGCAAAGCAGUUUUGACCAUGAUGCAAGGCUUCAGCUGCUGAUGCAACAAUCGCUUUAUGCACAUCAGAGCCUGCUAUUCCAAGAUCACUCAUGGAAUAGAAUCUCUCAGCCUGAUGAUGCUUACAGCAGGUCACCUAUGCUUCUGGGUCAAUCCCCAGCAUAUAAUCCUUUUUCAUUCCCACAAUCAACGAUCCAACAGUUGAGAAAUGCUCAUAUGUCAAAUUACCAUAGGGGUAGCUGGAAUGAAGAUAGGGGUUUUAACGACCUGAGACUGCAAGAAUUACUAAAGAAUGAGGGUUUGGGAUUUAACAAACUUACUCCUAGUUUUGAGGAUCUGAGGUGUCAAGUUUCCAGUUCCAGCAAUCUAUAUAACAGAGGUUUUGCCAUGUGAGCAGUGGACUGUAGUUUGCUGUUGUAUACUCAAAUGCAGAAAGAGUUGAACAGUUUGGAGGGAUUGGCGGUUGUGGACUUCUUCUUUGUAGCGAGCCAAGGGUGCAUUCUGGAGCUUGCUGCGGGUGGAUUUUUGUUGUGCUUAAAUAAGAGGUACACCUGUAGGACAAACCAGCAUUCAAACCUUAAACCCUUUCGGGUAAACCUGGGCCACUGGUCUCAACCGUGCAACUCUGGCAGUUUUGGGAAUCUGAUUGAUGACUAGUGUACGCAGAGAGGAAUAUCACAGAUACACAGUUGAAAAGGAGAAUUCAAAGUGACUUUUGGCAACGACAUUCCUAUUCGAGUCCUUCCAUCAAUUCAUCCAUCCAAUUUCAACACAAACCCACUGUCCCCAAUGGAGCCAGCCCAUGGUCGCAGUAGUAGCUAGCUUGUAGGGGUCAAGUUCUAGUCUAUUAUCCUAUAUGAACCAUUUCGACA